AUGGAUGUUCUUAUUGUUGGAGCCGGAGUCUUUGGCCUUUCGACAGCAUUAGAAUUGACUAAACGUGGAGGUUACAAAAUUACCAUUUUGGAUCGCGCUGUUCCACCUGUUGUAGAUGGCUCCUCUGUGGAUGUAAAUCGAAUCAUCCGUCCUGACUAUGCAGAUAUGACUUAUUGCAUAAUGGGUUUGGAGGCCCUAAAGGAUUGGGAAAACCAUCCUCUCUUCCAAAAUCACUUUCAUCCCUCUGGACUCUUACUCCUUGGUCCCAACGACUCAAUGUACCGAGACGCCAGUUUCGAUAACCUGUCCGCGAUGGGUACUGCCUGUAAGAAAAUCCGUAAUACUGAGGAUGUACGCAGCUUUUACUCUGCUUGGUAUACUGAAUUAGGAGCCCAUCAAAGAGGGUAUGUGAAUCAAUUAUCCGGAUGGGCUGAUGCAGAAGAAUCGGUAAAGUCCGUCGCAAACUAUCUCAUUCAGCAAGGCGUCACCUUCGUUUGUGGUCCCAGCGGGACGGUUAAAGAGUUAAUUACCCAAGACGACAAGGUUGUUGGUGUCGAAAUUUUGAACGGUGAGAAGAGAAGUGCCGACUUAGUUGUCCUUGCAACUGGAGCAUGGACGGCAUCCCUUCUUCCAAAACAGCAAAAUCGGUUUUUGGCAGUAGGCCAGCCUGUCGGUUUUAUUCAACUGACAGAGGAAGAAUGCAUAAGAUACCGCAAAUACCCUGUCAUUCUGGAUUUCGAGACUGCGUUUUACAGCUUUCCACCGACUAGAGAUGGUCUUUUAAAGUUUGCUAGGCAUGGUUAUGGCUUCACCAGAACAAGGAAUUUAAAAGAUGACAAAAAAGAAUCCGUGCCUCCUUUGGUUCCUGUGUCAUCUACCACCCUCCCAAAAGAGGCGGAAGACGAUCUUCGCAGUUGCCUACGUACGUUCUACGGAAAGGAACUUAGUCAAAGACCUUUUGUAAAGACGAGAGUAUGCUAUUACACAGAUACGGCCGAUGCUGAUUUUGUUUUUGAUUUUCAUUCCAAAUAUAAAAACUUGUUUGUGUGCACUGGUGGUUCAGGGCAUGGCUUUAAAUUUUUUCCUGUUUUGGGAAAGUAUAGUGUUGGUUGUAUGUUGCGAGAAUUAAACGAGGAACACUUGAAAAAAUGGGCUUGGGAGAAGCCCAGUCUCAGAGAAUUCAAGCUAGACGGAAGCCGGAUGGGGCCUUUGGCGUACGAAUACGAUCCCGAGGCGUUUAAACCUGUUCCUGAAUAUUAG